AUGACAUCCAAGAACCCUCCUGUCCUGAACACCUGCCGUGCGCCGUCCAGUGCCGGGUGCUGUGUGUGCCUGCAACCCGCGCUAGAGACCAGCAAGGCUGCAGUAUUACAGCCCCUUUCAAAGGAAGAAGCCACAACUCGAGGGGACUCGGCUGAGGCCGCGGGGCUAAUCGCGGGUGGGGCCGAGGUCGGAACCCGAGACAGCCGGGCCCACGCUCUCCCCAGACCGCACCGGGCCUCCCGCGCCUGUCGCGCGGCUGAGCGGCGCCUGCCAGGUGCAGGUGCAGGUGCGCACGGCGACAGCGGACCCGACACCGGCGCCCCCCGCCCGGCGCGGUGGGGGAGGGGCGGCAGGGGGACACCCCCGCGGGGGCCGGCGCGGAGGGGCGGUGCUCCUCUCCGCCCCAGAAAGCAGAGCCCGACUCGCGAAGCCGCCCCGCGGCAGACGGGACCGAUGCACCCCGACACCUGUCGUCACGGGCGCUGCAGUCCCAGCCCGAGCUGGGGUCGGGCACCGGGGCGGGGACGGGGGCACCGCAUCCUCCCACAGGCCCCGGCCCGCUCCUCGGCCCCGCCGCCCGCCCCGCGCCGCCUCCGGGCCCGGGUCCCCGACCCCGGGAGGACGGGACCCCGCGGCCCCCGCCGCCCCACCCAUCCGCCCCACCGCGGGCCUUCCCGCCAACGCCGCCCCAGCUCCCGCGUUCCCGGCCAGGCUCAGCCCGGGUUCGGCCACGGCUCGGCUCUCACCUCGCAGCCGCCGGCCCGCCCCUGGGGCCGCCUGCGACCCAGGUCAGACCCCCACCGACCCGGGAACCGACGCCGGGGCAGCCACUCCAGUUCUAAUCCAGCGCCAGCUUUUCCGGCGCCCCCGGCCCCGCCCGCCGAGCCCCGCCUCCGAGACACCGCGCAGGCGCACACGUGA